CCCGUCCUCCUCCCCCGGAGCCUUCCGUGCCCACACCAUCUCCUUUUAUCACUAUCACCUCGCCUCGGCAGUUCGCCCACUUCAUCCGACAGGACAACGUCACCUUCUUUAUGGUAAACGUGACGGAUCUCUUACACUAUGAUCCACCCUGUCCCAACGCCGAGCUCAUCCAUCUAGAGCCAGAUCCUCCUUCUAUCUCCAUGGCUCCCAUCUCUACUUCCGUCCCUCCGCCAUUCGUCGAGUCCACCCCGCCGUCGCGCGCUAACGCUGACGCUGAGGAACUCGCACGAUAUACGGCUGACCUGGAGCCCGCAGUUCGUGACCUCAUUCGAGAGUACCACGACGUUUUCCCAUCGUCGUUCUCGUACGCCGGCAUCCCACUGAUGCUCGACGUAGAGCACUAUAUCCAGCUUGUGCCUGACUAUCGUGUUCACCACCAAGCACCCUAUCGACUCUCGAUCCCCGAGGCCACCGAGCUCAAGCGUCAGCUUCAGGAGCUCCUGAGACUGGGUUUCAUUAAACCCAGCAACUCCCCGUGGGGUGCACCCGUCCUCUUUGCUUGCAAAGCGGAUGGAACUCUCCAUCUCUGCAUCGACUAUCGUGGUCUCAACCGCUACACGGUUAAGAACAACUACCCCAUGCCUCGUUCUGACGAGCUGUUCGACCGCCUAGCAGGCAACCGCUUCUUUACGAAGAUUGAUCUCCGUAGCGGUUACCAUCAGAUCCACGUCGCUGCAGUGGACCAGCCGAAGACAGCGUUCCGAUCGCGCUUCAGCCUUUACGAGUUCACGGUGAUGUCAUUCGGUCCCACCAACGCACCCGCUACCUUUCAGAAGGCGAUGAACUACAUUUUCAGGGACAUCCGAGAGCAGUAUGUUCUCGUCUACCUCGACGAUAUCCUGGUCUACAGUCGUACCCUUGAGGAACACCUCAGACACCUCCGUGACGUCCUUGACCGCUUGCGCAGACAUUGCUUCUACGCCAAGCUGAGCAAGUGCCGCUUUGCCCAGCACAAAGUGGAUUUCUUAGGACACUACGUGUCUGAUCAGGGUCUCUACAUGGACGGCGUGAAGAUCACUGCUAUUGGGGAGUGGCCCGUCCCCACAUCCGCCAAGCAGCUUCGCAGCUUCCUAGGCUUUACCAACUACUAUAGUAAUUUCAUCCAGGAAUACGCUAGGUAUUCCUAUGUCCUUACCUCCACCCUCCUCCGGAAGAACCCACCCUGGGCUUGGACACCCCUCCACGAGGACGCCUUCCGCGCCCUCAAGAAGGUGGUGACAUGCGCACCGGUUCUUCACCUACCCGAUUUUGAUCGCCCUUUUAUCCUUACCACCGAUCCGUCAGACUUUGUUGUAGGAGCAGUGCUUUCUCAGAUCUUCCCCUGCUCUCCUGAUUCCUCUCAUCCUCGUAUCCCUCGCUUCCCACCACCUACCCCUACCACUGCUUCCCGGCUGACGCCUACUCGUCCAGCUACUAACGAGCCUUCUAUUGACUAUUCUCCUACCAUCACCGAGGACGGCACUGUCGAGUCUCGCUCAGGUGAUUGUCUGAUAGCCUUGUACUUCCGUCAGCUCCUACCCGCCGAGAUAAACUACACCGCUGAUGAACGUGAGUGGGAUCUCCAUCUUGCCCACGCGGAGAUAGCCUACAACCACGCCGUCUCGCCAGCCAUGGGGAUGUCGCCUUACYAUUGCGACCUUGGCUAUCACCCUUGUGUUCCCGCGGACUUCCUUCGACCGCCGCAGAUGCACCCCGACACGAGUUGUCCCGCGCUGGAUGAUUGGGUUGCACACAUGAUGUCGAUCAUGAAGAUCGUACAUGAGCACAUAGCAGCUUCCCAGACUCGCAUGGCAGCACGUGCGAACCGAUCGAGGAUGGAUCAUUCAUUCAAAGUCAGUGAUGAUGUGCUUAUCGACGUCUGCCACUUACAGCUCGAAGCGGACACGCUUCGCAAGUUUCGGCUUCGCCACCAGCCGGUGAGGCCUGCAAGGCUACAAGCAAGAUAGGCCUGCUAGGCCACAGGUAGGCAGGUUUUGCGGGCCUCAUGCAGGCAAGGCCUGCAAGGCCGUAGGUAGAUUGCCUACUGGCAUUAUAGCCCUUCAUAUAUGAGGGUUGCUCCUAUCCUGAUGUGAAAUAGGAGCUAGCCCAGUAAGUAACGUACCAGCCUGAUACACCGUAGAUGCGGGGAUCGAAGCCAAUAGGCCAUUGGGCUAGCUCCUUCCUUUUGGAGCAGCCCAACUUUAUGGCGCGGCCGUUUUCGGUCGUGCGAUCGAUAAAAUCGCACGGCUGAA